UCGCCAGUUGAGGUGUAGAGAGUGAGGCGGGCGGGCGCGCGCCUGUGUGUGUGUGUGUGUGUGGUGCCUCAACUCACCCAACCACAGCCUUCUUCUUGUGCUACUACUACCCCUCUUACCACCUAGUGUGUGUUAACUCUACCCCUUCCUCCUCCACCUGGUGUCUCCCUAGUGUUAACAGUGUUAGUGUGUGUGUCGACGGGGGCCACUCUUGCGGAAGUACAACUGGAGAGAGUGGCUUAUAGGCAGGCAGGCUGGCUUGCUGCUGGCUGCCCCCUCUACCCCCCCUUAUCUACCCCCACCUCUACCCCCUUGCUGGAUCUGCUGCUGUAAUGCUAGUGGUGCUGGACGACCUGACGUGACCCCCUACUCCAGGAGAGUCGUGCAGGCGGUGAGAGUGAGGGCGAGGGCGAGGGGGAUCUUGAUGAUGUGGUCGCACCACCCCUGGAAGAUGCCCCCCCUCAGCAGGACGAUGCUCCUCCACACCCAGCUCGUCGCCCCAUGAAUGCCUUUCUUAUCUUCUGCAAAAGACAUCGAGCUCAGGUACGAGAAAAAUACCCUCACUUGGAGAACCGUCAGGUGACAAAGAUUUUGGGAGAGUGGUGGGCGGACCUUCCAGCGCACCAGAAGACAUCCUAUACUGAGUUAGCACGGCAGUACAAAGAGGCCUUCCUGCGUGCCAACCCUGACUUCAAGUGGUACAAGAUCCCUGCACAGCCCCCUCGGCCACCACCAGCAAGACCUUCCAACCAGAAGGUCCCCAGGUGUAACCCUCUUCCCACAGAUGGUGCCAUCACUUUUGGAAAACUUGCUGAUGAGGCCCAGAUGGGUGGGUUAAGUACCCUCCUGUCAACAGCUUCAAGCAGCAGUGGGAGCAGUAGUAUCACUGGAAGCAGUAACAGUAUUGGUAGUGGGUCAUCCAGCCUUACUACCUUCACCACUGCCUACGCGUCAGCAGGAAACACCUCAGCAGCUCGCUCAUCUCCUAUUGGUUCCUUGCCGAGUGUGGCUGCACCCAGCACAUUUACAAAUGCUAAUUCUACAAGCAUCUCCUCAAUGAGUACAAACACAGUUGCUGCCACGAACUUGUCGUCGUGGAGUGGAACGUUGCAGCGUCUCGGCCCGGGACCUGCCUCCACAAACGAAACCAGUACGAACACCAUCUGUAACGGCCCCAAACCUAACAGUGCAAACAACACAGCAGUCAGCACCGGGGCGGCUGUCAGUGUGAUAACUCCACACGUUGAAAGUGCCACUAGUAUGACUCCUCCAAAACCCCCUAAGAAGAGGUACCUGCAUGAGAAUCUGCACCAAGUACAGCAGGCACACACAGUACCUACGCCAGCACACACUCCACCUGACACCGACAAACAGAAGAAAAGUCUUGCUGAUGUCAGACCAACCUCCCAGUGGCCCCAAAGUCAUAUAAGGCAAAGGGUUGAGUCUGUCCCCCUACCAGAUGCUGAGGCUCUAGAUGAACAGCAGAGAAGAGUGACCAAUGGUUGUGUUAGCACGAGUUCACCUCUGGGAAUUCCCAACAUGGCUCCUUCUGAACCAGGUCACCGAUUUGAGGUCUCUCACAGUCCUUCACAAGGAACUAAUGGCUCUCCUUAUCGGCACACCACACCCCCAGGCCAACCCCACUCUCCUCCACCAGAGGAUCAGCCUCUUAACCUAUCCACAGAGACAACGUUAUGCGCCUCACAGCAACAGUUGAUUGACAAUAUUGUAGAUAGAAUGUGUGGUGCGCCAAACUUAAAUAGUGUGAGUAGUGAUAAUCGCUCGGACGUUCCUCGUUUCUUCCGACCAGAAAACUUAAAUAAUAAUAAUAACGAAAUAGAAAAGCCCGCCUUUCAUAAGGCUAUUGAUGCACGAAUAAAUGGAAUGUGUGAUGUGAGUUUACUUGUUUCAAAAACUAUUGAUUUUGUGAUUGAUAGAGCUUAUGAUGAUGAAAAGGAAAAGAAACAGAAACUACUAAGUGAAGAUGGCAAAGGACCAGUAAGUGAGACUAAAAGUAAUAACACAUCAGUGGCAGAACCAAACAAGGGUGAACAAGUGCAGUCUGACCAGCCGAAGGCCGAGUCAAAGGAAACUGUCAGCUCCAGUAGUAAUAACUCCAGUAAUAGUAACACAAAUGGCAUUUCCAGUCCAAAUACCCGACCAAGAAAGAGAGUUAAGGAAGACAGUUUAGAGGAAAAUGAUGUCUCUCAUAAAAAGAGACGCGACGUCUCAGGUGGACGCACCAGUCGGGGAAAUUCUAGAAAUGGGGUAGGGGUAGCAGGGGGCCGGUCAAGAGCCCCACGAGCCUGUAAGGGCAAGAUCUAUGAAGAACUCAUCUCUGAAGGUGUCUUACCAGCCCCUCGCAGAUCUCGGACAAGAAAUAGCCGGUGGGAGGAAGCAGAGUCAAGCACCACCCAGGAGCAGGAAGAUGAGGAGGACCCACAACACCAUCACCAACAACAACAUAAUCAGGAAGAAGAGGAGGAAAAUGAGGAGGAACAUAUAGAAGAGGAGGAUGCUGCUCACUCUAAACCUCCAGAGGAAGAAAAUGGGGAAUCAGGAAGUCGGCGACAAGAGGAUGCAGGAAGGAAGGGACGACGGCAGUUGCGUCGGCUCCACCCAGAUGACUUCAAUUUAGAAGCCAGGAUUGAGGCCCUUCCAUCUCUGAGUUUAGAUGAGUUCACUCGGCGUAAGAAAGAGAGGAAACGUACGUCAUCAGCAUCUUCAUCCACACAUGCCACUAACCACUCUGGGACAAACACCAACUCCUUCCCAACUCCACCAACCACACAGCCGACGGUAGGAGUAGUCAGCAGUAGCAGUCGUGUUUCUGCACAGGCAGACUCCACCUCUGACUCUCCAUCACCUGCUUCGGCAACCUCAACAACUACUGCUGCAGUAGCAGGCAGAGCUACAGCUGGGGGAGUCAGCAGUAGUAGUAGUGGUGGUGGAAGUACAGGAGGUAAUCUGUCUGAUGGAGAAGCUGCUGCUUCCCCAACCCCUUCUUCUUCUUCAUCCUCAUCCUUCAGCACCCAGCAACACAGUCCUCCUCAGGCUCCCAUUCUAGUUAGUGGAGGAUCAGUAUCACCAGGGGAAGCAGGACUGGUGGCAAGUUCUGAUGGUGGACCCCUAAUUGGUUCACAGAAGAGGAAGGCACGAAAACAGACUAUUACGAGACAUGAUCCUGUUCAUGGUUCGCUGCGUAGAGAUACGAGUGUUGUUGAGCAGAGUGUCCUGACAAGCAUGGGUCUGGCUGCUCUGGCAGAAGUGGCACUUAGUCAGCCAAUUAUGAAACUCUGAACAGGUUAAGGAGUGGUAAAGAGAACAAAGUUUUAAGUAGACUAAAGGAACCAGUGUUUGUAUUAUUACAAAGUAUACUAGCACAUUUACUGUUGUUAUUAAUAGACAAUGCAAUAGUAAUUGCAGUCUGAUAUCCAAAAAUCUUUAUGAAUUUUCUUUUCCAAGUUGUUAAAAAAAAUGAAAAUUUAAUUUUCAAAUUAUAAAUGGUUUUAUACAUGAUUAAGAUAUAUUUAUGUAUCCCAUGUUGAACUGAUUGGUCUUCAAAUUACCCUGGCCUAAAUGUGCAUGACUCAAACAAUAAUUGCCUCAGUGGAAAAACCAUAUACAGUAAUUUGUUUUCAGUUCUGGAAUUUCUUCAAAGUUCUGUGAUCUCUAGUGAGUCUGAAACUAAAAAAACAAACAAAACAAAACAAAGAAUUCCUAACUGAACUGAAAACUUUCUCUGUCUGUGACUUAACUUGAAGUUGGCUGUGGAGAAGUACCGGGGUAAUGGGCAUCCUGUAGCCGACACCAGAGGCCAUGUUUGUGCUGCCUUAUUGGCUGUUAAAUUUCUCCACAUCUUUGACCUCUUGAGCUGGUCUACAGGAGUAACAUGUUACAGUGAUUUUUGAGAAUUUAUCUGCAUAUAAGACAGUACCUUUACUCCCAUGACAGCUGCAGAGUUAAGAUAUUUCAAGGAGAAUUUUAAAUAUAUAUAUAUUUGUGCAGUAUUUAGAUGGAAACAGCGAUGAUUGUGCUCAAGUUGCAGGGUGAUUGAAACAAUAUGUGUGAUGGUGUCUGUGAUUUGUAAUAGCUUGUUUAUGCUUAAAGUCUUUCUGUAUCGGGAUUCUGUGUACUCAUAUUUGACCAAAUUCUUAAACCUUGAAGAUAAGGAAAACAAUUUGCUAAUCAUUACAGGAAGUGACCUUUUGUAAUCAGUAAGAUUGUUAGCUUGUUUUCUAGCCCUCAAGAAAAAGUUUAAGAAAGGAAUCAGUGAUCUUAAUUGUUUUUGAGUCACUAGUACUUCAACUGUGAAGUGUGCUUCAGUAUUGUCUGCUCUUUCACCAAGAACUGAGAAUCAUGAAUCUCUAACUUUCCCUGGUGCUUGGGUAAUUAAUCCACAAAAUUUCUUCAAAUUUAAUGGACAGGCUGGUGAGAGGAAUGGGAGGACUGGUCCAUGCCCCUCAAAGGCAGGUUUGGUUUGAAGCACACCACCCUAUUUUGCCAAAUAUAUAAGCCUUUUACAAAUUUUGAACUAUUUUCAGGUCUAUGACUAAGGGAACAUGAAGUACUGUGUGAAGAUCUUCUUAAUAUAUAAUGUUGUAAUUUUGAUAAUUAGUUUAUUGAUAAAACUGAACUAGAAGUAAAAGCAUAGACAGUUGAUGUCAUCACCUUAGGAUCUCCCUAUCCUCAACUACUGCCUUUUCCCUUGACAUUGUUACAAUCCAGAGAAACAUCGUUUGUGACUGGUGAGCACCGUAGCCAGGUGCCAGUGUCCUACACCUCUGAGGUAGCAUCUGUGUAUUAAUAGAUUUAUCUUUGUUUUUGUUUCUUUCCCUCUCUUAGCCUGUUGAUAAUUUUCUAUUUACGGUUACAGCCUGUUAGAUAUUUUGUAUCCUCAGUUUACCAUAUCCACUUUUAAAAGAGUGAGUAUAUUAUUAUUUUUAGCACUUGUUCAGAACAUUAUCAUUUCUUUAUAGUUUGCCAGCAUUAGGUGUUCUAUUGUGGAUAGUCAGUGUGACAAAUAUAAAGAAUAUAUUAUUGAUAUAAAAGUAUAUUGAUUUAAAUGUCAAGACAAUUUCCACCAGCAAUUAGUGAUGAGGAGUCAGCUUAUUGUAACAGGUAGAUGCUCACACAUAUACUAGUAUCACCAACUGUUGAGGAUAAAAAUUAAUACAAAGCCCGUACCUGAUUCUUAGGGAAGUGUAUAUCUGUUGAAACCCUUUAGUUAUCAAGAUGUUUCAGGUGCAAACUGUUGGUUUUUACAUCGUAAUGUAGAAAAAUUGAGGGCUUCAGUGUAAUGGUUUACACUCACUGAUUAAGCCUGCGUAUUUUAGUGUGUUCAUAGCCUUUUACUAAUAUGUACUUCCACUUUCACUUAAGUGCACUUGCCAGAAAGUUAGACCUGAUAAAGUUGCUUGAACUGAAAUUUCUCAACUUUCAAAAAGUUUAAAUAUUUAUACAAAUUUCAGUUUAAACUACAGGUACAGAACAAUUAUUGGGGCUUAAACUUUUACAAGAGUUGCAGUUUUGCUGUUGGUGGUAGUACUAUGGAGGAAGAAUUUACCCUAUCUAGUUUGUUGAGUAGUCUGUUAUUGAUAUUUGUGACACUAUGAGCGAUUUGGAACCUGCUCAGGUGCUUCAAUAAGGCUGAGGUUGCUGAAACUGUGAACAUGAAUGCAAGCCUUUACAGAUAACCUGGAUCUUAGGGUCAAGUCGCUGAUCUCGUCACGUAUAAUUGAUGAUUUGAGUAACUCAUUUGGGAAAGACAAGUGUGCAUUUAUGUAUUAUAUUGUAAUAUAAAGAAGAGUAAAAAAUUCCCUAUAUAUGCAGAUAUAUAUGAAUGAUAAUGUUAAUAAAUCUAUUUAUUCUAAACUA